CUAUAAGGACAUUAAACAUGGCGACGCUCAUGAGGUGCAUGGGAGGUGUAUGCACGAUAUUUGAACCAACGUUGAAAGUCAGAAUCAGCAAUAGAUAUGCGCGUGUACUGAGACGCACACCACUGGCUUUUUGUUCGGAGUCACUAGAUUUAUCAAAUUUAGCUGUGCAAGACGUACACACUCAAAGCAAGGACGCACCGAAACAUGCCCAUUCACCAGCAGAAGGGACUAUUUCGAAAGACACGGUGACAGAGACCGAUAAAAAUGUUCGACAAGAACAUGGAGAUAGAAAGCCGGUUGCGUCUUUACAAUUUUCAGAGUCACGUCAUCAGAUAACGGGCAGCAAAGACACAAGCCACGCUUCCCUUUCUAUGUCUUCAGGUUUAAAUCAAGUGGAUGGUUUGUGGUACGAAAAGGCACAACCUGGUGACAAGAAGCUGUCCAAUUUGCUUAACUUGGCCCGUUCAAAGAAGCUCCGUGAGCAGCAGGGCAAGGUUCUGCUGGAAGGACCACUUCUCAUUUGUGAUGCACUAGAUGCAGGGGUCUUGCCACAAACGGUCUUCUUCAGCACUGUGGAGAAACUUCAGGAACUUCCCCUGAACAAGCUCACACAAGCCAGCUUAAUCAAAGUCAAGCUGGAGGACAGCAGAAUCUCAAAUCUUGACUCCCCCAUAGACAUUAUAGCUGUCUUCAGACGUCCCGAGGUGUCCCGAAUGCACUUUCCUGAGGAGAAGCGUGGGAAGGCGUUGCCAUUAACCCUUAUCUGUGAUAAUGUGCGAGACCCAGGAAACCUGGGUGUGGUGUUACGGUGUGCAGCAGCUGCAGGGUGCCACAGUGUGCUGCUUACGAAAGGAUGUGUUGAUAUCUGGGAGGCUAAGGUCCUUCGUGCUGCCCUGGGUGCUCACUUUCGCAUUCCCAUAAUCUCUAGCCUCACCUGGGUGGACAUUCACAGUCAUCUUCCUGCCACCACAACUGUCCAUGUGGCUGACAACUGUAGAGGGCCAAUAAAGAAGCCUCAACUCUUAGCAACAUCUGAGAAACUGAAAAAACCUGGAGAGUAUGGAUGGAUCAGCAAGCCCCGAAACCCUAGAAAAAUACAUAAUGAGGAUGAAGAUUUUAAUGAAGAUGAAUAUGAGGAGGAUAUAUGUAGGCAGGCAGGCCUAGUUUUAGAGACUCAGCCUUAUCAUAUCAAUUGGACUGGUAGCCACACAGCCAUUGUGAUUGGUGGAGAGACUCACGGUCUGAGCCAGGAAGCCAUGCAGUUGGCUGAAAAAACAGGGGGGCGGAAACUAGUAAUUCCCAUGGUACAUGGAGUGGACAGUCUGAAUUCUGCCAUGGCCGCAAGUGUUUUACUGUUUGAAGGAAGGAGACAGCUAAUACUUAAUGCUUCUGAAUGAACAAAUCUAGAGGAUAUACUCAACUAGGCCAUGAACUGUUGGAGGAUGUACUCAACUAGGCCAUGAACUGUUGGACACCUGCAUAGCCACAAUACAGGUUUUAUAAUGGAUAAUAAUUAUAAUAAUAUAAUAAAGUCACAUGUGGUGCUUUACUUUCAACUUAAUGAAUAAUUAAAUAAAAUGUAAUUCAAUAUAGGAGUGAGUUUUUUGCUGUAAAGUAAAUUUAAUUUUGGGAAUUUUACUUUAUACACACAAAUUGUGAUGAUUAUUUGUACUUAUAGAAUGUGUGUACAUGGACCAUUUCUGUUAAUUAAUAAAAGCCCCCCCCCCCCCCCUUCUGAAUCUAACAAAAUAUCUGCUCCUUAUGGAAAAGUAUCUGUCACAUUUGUAAUAAUAUUAAUCACUUGAUUUUAUGUCUCACUGUCUUUUAUGUUCAGGCUAACAUGACAUUAAA